UUCAGAGGCAGUGGGCUGGACUGAAUGUCUUAGAAGUUCACAGGCAGGAGUUAAACACUGUAGAAACGUUUUCCAGCUAGUCAUGUUACACAUCCAUGCUCAGCGGGACUAAGUUCUAGGACUUUACGGCACGACAACCUCCAAACUAUUACAGCUAUUCAAGGACCAGAAACUCAGUGAACAGAAGGCUGUGUGCUGAAUAAACUGGAGGUCACACAAACAGAAACACAAGCACCAUGAACUCCCAGGGCAGCUUCGGCAGCCACUUCAUGUUUCAGUCCAUCAACGACGAACUGAACGCGUCUUUGGCAACAGCUGAUGAGCUUUCAAGAGAAUUCAGCUCUCUCCUGUCAGAAGCCACUCCUGUCGUGCAAACCACUACUUCAGAGAUUUCUCGCCCUAAACCCCAGAGCAGCAGCAAUGGCAACAGCAGUUUGUACAGCGCAAACAAUAAUGGAAAUGGGAGCGUCAAUACAAGCUUCUCCUUUUCCCAGAGCCCCGCGAGCAGCCUGAGCUCAGACCCCAGCAACAGCAGGAAAGAAUCCAAUCUGGACUUUCCAUCUCCUGGCCCAAUUCGAUCUUCAGCUUCUGCACCUCAUCUAGAGAGUUUGAAAUUUAAGCCUCAAUCUCCUAGUCCUUUAACCCAGCAACAUUCCCCUUUUACAAACCGUAAAGACAGCUCGGAUUCACGAUAUAUGUUCGACCAAAAGACUCCCCCUAACAUGUCUCCAAAUACAAUUAGACGAAUGACUCAGAUGCCACUGAGGCCUCAAGAUCGAAGCCUGAGAGGAUCGUUGACCUAUGCGGAGCUAUCCAGCCCUAACUUCGACAGCAAAACAUCUAGCAGGUUGAUGCAGACCCCAGCUAGCUCCUUGUCUUCGAUUCCCAGGUCUCCGAGGUUGGAUCGAGCAUCUCCUCCUCCUCCUACUUUUAGCCAACCAGUGGCCAGUACUCUACCACGCAACUUCCAGCCAUUCGGACCCUUAGAGGAAGGAAUGCAGAAGCAGAAGAACACCUCCAAGUGGAACGAGACCGACCUAGAUGCGUCAUACGAAAGAAAGCCUCACCACACCUAUGACAAGAAUGAAUGGAUCAGACCAUCUGUACCUAGCAGCAACUGGAAAGAAUCAAACCUGGACGCAUCUCCUUCAGCUAAGAAGGAUGCUGUGGUCCGUUCGCUCCCAUCAUCUCACAGCUCGCUCCCGAGGAACACUCGCAUAUCAGUGCCCCCUGAACUUUCCUCAAGCACCAGCUCAUCUUACAGCCCUCAGCCAAUCCUUUCCCGUAUCUCCAUUCCACCUGCAAGCUCUGGAGCCCGUCGGCACAGGCCUAUCCCGCUUUCCGUCAUCAUGAGGCUCCAGAACCCCUAUUAUGCUGUGGCUGCCAGCAGAUACGGCCCUGGCCCAAUAGGAGAGCCCCUGCAAGGGACCUUCCACCAAAAUCCUCCCCUGCCCCGAGAGUACCUGCGGCAAAAUCAGACACCUCAACCUCAGCAACCUCAAAGACAACCUCCCUACUAUAGAGAAGCAGUUCUCCACCCUGGAGAUGUUGACGCUGAGCUUGAGAGAUUGGACAAAAUAGAAGGCCCUGUGUACAUGACUGACCAAGGCAUGAAAGUAGAAGAGGAGGGUAAAGUGGAGGAUACAGAGAUGCCCCCUCGCCCUCUCAGCCCCACGCGUCUCCAGCCCGUGGUGGCCCCACAGGCAGAGUUGGACACUGACAUGGACGAAUUGAUGCGUAUCCGAGCCGAGUUCCCCAGAGCCCUGAAGAAACGUGGCUCAGUCGAAGUUCCUCAGACCCUGCACAACCUGCCCAUUUCCCAGGCCAACCAUUACAAGCAAAUGAUCAAUAAACUGUUUCGAAGGAAGACCAUCCGUAUCAAGGAAGAACCAACUGCUGAAAGUGGCAGCUCUUCAGAUGGGGAAGAGGGCUCUAAAUAUCCUGUUGCUAUAGAUCCAGUACCAAUCACAGAGAUACAAGUCUCUUCUGAACAGAAGGGUGUUCACUCUAUCUUACGGAAAAACAAAAAAGCCAAUAAAUCCUCCAGCCGUAGGGCUCACUUGAGCCCACUGGUCCUGAUGUUGGAUGGGUCCUUAGUAGGAGAGUUAGAAACUGUACAGAGGGCUGCGCAGGAGGUGACUGAUCCAAGCCAGUCUAAUGAUGAAGGUAUCACAGCCCUUCACAAUGCCAUAUGUGGUGGACACUUCCCAGUGGUGGAGUUCCUUGUGCGGAUAGGUGCUAAUGUUAGCGCUCCAGACAGCCACGGCUGGACACCCUUGCACUGUGCUGCGUCCUGUAAUGACCGGAAAAUGUGUGAGUUUCUGGUGCGGAACGGAGCAGCGGUGAUGGCCGUAACAGACAGCGAUGGGGCCACAGCGGCGCAGAAGUGUGACCCCUACGCCCCUGGUUUUGAGGAGUGUGAGAGCUUCCUGAGAGGUGUGGAGGAAGCAAUGGGUGUAGAGAACAGUGGGGUGGUGUAUGCUCUAUGGGGAUAUCCUGCCCAGGCUCCAGACGAACUGGGCUUCAAAGAAGGAGACAUGGUGACCAUCCUGCAAAAGCCUGAAGGGGUGGACUGGUGGUGGGCUUCACUGUGUGGCAGAGAGGGCUUCGUACCAAACAACUACUUUGGGCUCUUCCCAAAAGCGCGGCCUAAGUCGCUCUGCUGAACAACGGAUCUACGAACAAUAGCGAUCAAUUCGUAUGAAUCAUGCCGGCCAAGUCUAAACGCUGGUUUCACAUGUGUGUUUAAAUAUGUGAGCUUUGGAUGGGAUUUUAAACAUGGUGGGAUUUUAAACAUGCACACUGUACAGCUUUUCUCUAUAGACGACCAUGACAAAGUCACUUCACUGGGAAUAGUGGAUAUGUAUGUUUAUAUAGACUUUACCAAUAGACAAACUGUCAUUAAAACAGUUUUAGCUUGUAGAGCUGAGCAUUCUACCUAUUUUGUUUGAGAACAGGGGUUCAGUUUCAACUGGAUUUGAUACAUAAAGUCUCAUAAUUUGUUCGGAAAGGUUCAUUCUGUCUUGACUAAUGUUUUUUCGCACUGAGCAGGAAGGAAAGGAAUUCACACGUCUGUCAGUAUUGCUUUUGUUUAUACAUACUUUGCAUGUUAGUGUAUCAGCAAAGUUUCAUAGAUACAAAAAUGUUUUUUAGAGAUGUAACUGAAUAACUGGUGUCAUAACUCAUAGCUUUGGAUUAUUACAGUAUUCCACACAAAAACAUUAGCCUUUUUUAUGUAACUUUUAAACAGUGAUUUUCAUGUAGUGAAAUUUUUCUUCUCAGAACAAUGUACUCUCCAUGUGGGCUGUGUGUUAAAUAUUUGCUUUGAUGUGAGGGAAGUUUGUUUUAGAGGUGUGCGUGUACAAGUGUUUUAUUUGCCUUGUUGAAUCCACUGACUGUGACUGUUAAGAAGACAAUGACAAAUUGUUAAUCUCCGUAAUACUCUUGCACAAAAGGAACAUAAAUAAAAACUAAUUGUAGAUUUGUGGUUUGUUUGAUUGUUCACAGGACAUGCUUUUAUAAUUAUUAAUAAAACUUUUUAAACAGGA